GGGGCGUUCUGCCGGCUCCCGGCCGAAAGAGGCGAAGCCUGCGGGCAGCGCGGCGGGGCGAUGGAUCCCCUGUGGAGGGCCGUUCUCUCGGAGAGCCUCCUCGGCUACAUUUCUUGGUCUCUGUACCAUGCCCUGCCACCGAUGAUUUAUUACUUCCCUCUGCAGACACUGGCACUUACUGGUUUAGAAGUUUUUGCAGUUGCCUUCUUGUCUCCAAUAUUCCUGGUAAUUGGUCCUUGUUGGAGGCUGGCUAACAAUAAGUGCAUCCUUGCUCUUCUGAGAUUGACUGUGGUUGGGAGCUUAGCAUCAUACCAGGCUCCAAAUGCUUCCAUUAGACUGUUCAUCUUGGCUGCUGGUGUUUCUUCCUCAUUGCUGGUUCAAACAGUAACAUGGUGGUCAGGAAACAGUUUGCAAAGGUUCAUCAGGAUAUGGGGCUUCAUUCUAGGCAAGAUGAUGCUCCUCGUCCUUCGAAUCUGGUAUACAUCACUGAACCCAGUGUGGAGCUCACAAGCUGCCAAUACUGUCAUGCUGACAAUUGGUUUUGUAGCAGCAGUGGAGCGAAUUUAUUCAGUUGAAGGCGAGAGGAAGCGAAGAGCAAACACUACUGGUAACACAGUUAAGGAGGCAGUCUCACAGCCUAAUUGGCUUUUGUCAGGAGUUGCUUUUGGCAGCCUCAUGUUCCUCACCGUUUGGAUAUUUGGGGAGGUCUCGCUAAUUUCUAGAUGGGCAGUAAGUGGACAUCCACAUACAGGUCCAGAUCCUAAUCCGUAUGGUGGUACAGUUCUGUUGGGUCUGGCUCAUGGACUGAUGCUUUCGUUUUGGAGUUGGUCCUCUGUUGCCAGUUUUGCCUGGUUUCUUAUAGGCAUAGCAUCUUCAGCUGGUCUCCUUUAUUUACACACCUGGAGUGCUGCUGUGGCAGGCAACAUUCUUGCUGUCUUUACUAUGUGUGUGUGGCCUCAACUGGCUGGGCGCUUUGUUGCCUGUCUGCAUCCUGGAAAAGCCAUGAGUACAGCCAUGUUCACCUAUGUUCUUGAAUUAUUCUUCUGUGUGUGGUGUACAGCUUAUAAAUUUGUACCUGGAGGAGUUUAUGCUAGAGAAAGCUCCCAUCUUCUUUUAGGGUUUAUUAUGUUAUGCAUUGGGCUAGACUUUCUAACAGGAUCCAAGAAAGAUCUGAACUCCAUCUUUGAAGUGAAAAGCAACCAAAAGUCAUUUUUUAAGAUGAGUACAAGAUACAUUAAACUACUACUGUGGCUGUUUGUUGGUGUUGGUUUGCUAGGAUUGGGUCUACGUUAUAGGACUUAUGAGAAGAAGUUGGGCCGAGGGGUUCCAAAAAGAGAUUUCUCUGCUAUGAUCUGGCCUUUUAGGUUUGCAUAUGACAAUGAAGGGUGGUCCAAUUUGGAGGGAUCUGCUACUUUACUUAAUCAGACAGGUGCAGAUUUUAUCACUGUUCUGGAAAGUGAUGCCUCUAAACCAUUCAUUGGGAACAAUGACCCAACAAUGUGGCUAGGAGAAAGACUAGGAUUUUACACAGAUUUUGGUCCAAGUACGAGGGAUCACACUUGGGGGAUUAUGGCAUUGUCAAGAUAUCCAAUUGUAAAAUCUACCCAUCACCUUCUCCCUUCUCCAGAGGGAGAGAUUGCACCUGCCAUCUCCAUGACUGUCAACUUCACGGGGAGACUGGUUGAUUUUGUUGUUGCACACUUUGGAAACGAAGAAGAGGACUUGGACAGAAAACUUCAGGCUAUAGCUGUUUCAAAGUUGUUGAAGACAAGCUCUAAGCAAGUUGUAUUUCUAGGAUAUAUCACUUCAGCUCCUGGAUCCAGAGAUUAUACUGAAUUAAUAGAAAAUGGAAAUGUCCAGGAUAUUGACAGUACAGAUCGUGACAGGUGGUGUAGCUAUAUUAUGUAUCGUGGAAUAAUAAGGUUGGGCUAUGCCCGCAUAUCUCAUGCUGGUUUAAGUGACUCAGAAGUCCAAAUGGCGAAAGUUAGAAUCCCAGAUGACUUAGAUAACUAUGUUGACAAUGACAGAGUUGUCAUUGAUCCCAGCCAAGUUCCUGAGGACAUCCAUUUCAAUCCCAGGUUUGGAUCUUAUAAAGAUGGACAUAAUUAUGAUGAGAGUAUUCAUCACUUUCAUAUGAGCACCCCUAAAUAUUUUCAACGAACAAAUUAGAGUAAGAAAAUAAUGUAUCAUGGGGACCAACAAGAAAGUUUUGUUGUUUGCUACUGAACUGGCAGCCACAAAGAAUACAUUGCUUAAGGAUGAGGAGUCCCAUGCUGUAUAGCACUGUGAACGUCUGUGUAAUAGUUGGUGACUCUUUGACUUAUCAUUGCUGUGAGAGGGAAAUUGCAUAUAUUUUGAUAAACUGGAAUCCUCUUGAGCCAGGUAUCUGUUUUGUAUGCAUGAAAGCAAAAAUGGGAACUUGUUUUGGCAAUAAUUUACUCAAUUUUAUUAAACAUAUCAUAUGUUGUACUGUUUCAGUGUUUAAUGGAUCUAUCCUUUUCUUCAGUGUUAAGAUAUGACCCCUUUCCUCUCUUGAUAGCUCCUUGGAACAGUCAUAAGCAAAGAGUUGCAGCAAACUUCCACACUUUUUUGGUGACAAAGCAAAGUAAUGUGGGAGUGAAGAAAAUCUAUUGAUACAUGCUGCACUCUGUUGCUAUUACAAUAACAAACUUGGCUGCCUUUUCUUUCUUUUUUUUUUUUUUCCAAAACAGAAAUGAUACUGUUUUUAAUUAGGAGACAUGCAAAAACUGUGUUUGAAUGUGUGCACGUUUUUCACUUCUAUCUUCUUUCAUUCAGAUGACUGAUACAGUAUUGAUGAAAACCGUUAUUCUUACAGACUUUAACAAGAUAUUAGACGCUGCAGUGUUUUUACAAAGUGCACGAGGUACCUCUGAAUAGCUAUUGUUCCAUGACAUUUAUGUGAACACAGCAUAGAAGUUUUUCUUGAUUUUUAAAUCACGCUUACCAUAAUGCGGUUUCUGUGAAGGGAGAAAAGUGUGUUGCAACUGCUUUUCCCUGUGCUUACAGUAGUUUUCAUCUGCAAAUGUCAGCAGCCUGUCUCUUCUCACAGCCUUCAUCAGGCACUGGCACCGACAUUGCACAGUAGUACAGAGUAUGCUCACUUCUCUGCAGUGUGUUCUGAUGCUAGCUCUGACUCAUGUCCAGACACAGGUUUGCCUUUCCACAGCCUGUACAAAACAUAACAUUAGCUUGCCACAUUACUUGUUAUUUUCCACAGUCUGACUCUACAGAUACCUUGUAAUAUGAACAGUUUAUUCAUGUGAGAUGAAGGAAAUUGUACUCAUAAAAGCUUGAAACUCCUUUUUUUUUAAAAUAUUAAAAACAGAAUCAGGGCAUUUUUCAUAAAGUCAGACUCCAAAGCAUGACUUGUCAUAGCAGAUCAGACUAUAUGUCAUCUCUGUGUGUAAUAGUCAAAGUCUGUGUACAUACUUGAAUGGCUUUUCUUGGGAUUUAGAAACAUUUUCUCUAUUAGAGAUCUUCAUGCAUAAAACCUCAGGUUUAAAUACUCUGUUCCUUUGAGCAGUUUAUGCAAUGUAAUGCUGGUACUUUCAUACCUCACAAUAUCUAAAUAUCAUGCUGUAUGCAAAUGUGAUGUGUAUCAGUUGUAUAUCAACAGCUGGAUUAUUAUCUCAGAAUGACAAAGAGAAACAGUGACCAUGAGCUGUAGUGCUUCUACUCUGCAUUUAGAAUUGGGAAGCUAAAGCUAUACUUCAUUUGUCCUUGAAACUUUGUGUUGUUCUAAUCCCCUUCAUCUGAUUAGUUUAGAAAAAUGUGGAACACGUUUCUUAGUUGCAAUCAAUGCUUCAAACUAUGAAAGAAAUGUGCUAGAACAGGUCCUGCUGCAGGGGCAUGUGACUGAUCUUGCUGUUUUCUAAUCAUACUCUUUUCAGCUCAGCUUUCAUAACGUAGUAUGUUACAAAAUAAAAUGUAUGUGGGUGUCUUCAACUGUAUCUUCAGAGAUAGCGUAUAAAAUCAUGUUUUAUUUUCUAAAUACUUGAUUUUAUUUUUUUUUCCUGUCAGCAAAAGCUCUGGGAGCAGGUUGUCCAAGGAGGCUGUGGAUGCCCCAUCCCUGGAGGCAUUCAAGGCCAGGCUGGAUGUGGCUCUGGGCAGCCUGGUCUGGUGGUUGGUGACCCUGCACGUAGCAGGGGGGCUGAAACUAGAUUGUCAUUGUGGUCCUUUUCAACCCAGGCCAUUCUAUGAUUUCCAAACGGUGUGUUUGGUAGUACUUCUAAUUCCAUCCUCUCUGACAUUCUGUGUAGGUUAACGUUUCUAGGGAUAUACAGGAAGAAGCGUUUUGUCAGAAGCCUAACAGUCUGUAUCUCAGAAUAAGAAAGAAGGUCUGUAAUGUGUGAGAGAGAAAAUUCUGAGUGGAGCUGUACUGGAUUCUUCAGCAGGGUGGAGGCUCCAUACUCCUCUUAUGUACAUUUCCACUUUGGGCCCUUGACUUGGGUGUUAAUGUGUGUACAGCAAGCUCAGCUUCAGAAGCAGUAGUCCAGGGAUUGUGACAGAGCACCCUGAGACCUGGGCGAUCAGCUCAGACCUCUUGGGCUAGGAAGGAUCUGAAAUUUAUAUUUCCUAUUUUCAGGGGCGUUGCAGCUACCAGCUUCCUAAAACAAAGUUGUGAGCACCCUUCAGUUUUCAGCUGGACUUGCUGUUAGUAAAACAAAUGAGUUUGGUUCUGCUAUAGUGGGCAGGUGCAGCUCACUGAAAUGGAUGCAGAAAACAUUCAGGCCUCUUAAAGGAAGGGACCUUUGUGGUCACAGACAGAGGUGCUGGUUGAUUUGAGGUACCUCCAGGGUUCAGGCAGAAAUUCAGAGCUGUUCUCUGAAUCUUGGCUGCUUAAACAUUCUAAUUACUAGUUAAGUAGAUCAUUUUAAGAAUCUCAAACUGAAGUUGAAGGGAACUAGAAAUCCAAUUUGAGGAUAUAAAUAUGAGGUGUUAACUGCCCUGAAGAAAUGAAUAUCACAUUUGUUUGCAUGGUGUAACAGGAGGGCCCUUAGGGUCAAAAUCAUACAUCUGUAAAGUAAGUAGCAAGGAGCAUAGUAUGAUUUCAUGGGACAUAGUAGCUUAAUGUGGGCUGAGUUACUUGAGGAGUGUCUUGAAAGCAGUUAUAUAAUCUGCAGCUGCUGCUUUCUACCACCUGAGGUCCUCUUUUAUCCCUGAUCAGUAGUGUCCUGUUGACAGAGUACGGUAUGUACAAGAAUAACACACAGUUAAAAUGCUUUGUUGCAGUUUUGAAAAUGAAUUUUUUUUUCAGAAGCAUUACUGUAUUAAGUUGGGUAUUAGUUACCUUUUCAUAUCUGUGAAUGAUUUAGAACUGUGAUUGCUGGGUUUCUUGGUUGACAAUUUCUCAUCUCUUACAAUGCCCUGUAAAGUGAUUUGCUGAUACUUAAUUUGUUUUGUUAACAUUUAGCAAGUUCAGCUAUGUAAUGUUUGUAUUUUCAAUGCAGUUCUCUUCCCCUCUCUGACUUCAAAAACAUGUAGUGAUUUGUGAUUGUGGUGCCUGACAUGAGUCUUCAAGUUUAUUUCUAAGUAAGGUGAAAGCAGGUAUUUGGGAGACAGUGACUUGAGCAGGUUUGAGCUUGAUAACCCUUGGAAAAGAAGAAAACUGAGUUGCUUUUUUCUCUCUACACAUUAGUCAGUGUUUUUCACAGUCCAUGGUGUUUUUUCAUGUGAUUACCAUUAAAAACUGUAAAAGGGGAAAAAAAAAAAAAAAA